AUGGAGCUGGACGAUCAUGGCGGCAGAAACCACCAGCUCUUGGAAAAUCAUCUCAAACUCUAUCCGAUCACUCGAAAAAUCAUGGGCAAAGACGGCCUCCCCGUCAAGACUCGCAAUGGAAAACACAAGACCGUGGAAGUCAUGGCGUGGAAGAUUGUGGUAAAGGACAUGAACCACCUCGCCAGUCCCGCUCUGCGUCCUUUCCGGAUUCCCGUGCAUGGUGUUAUUGGAAGCACCAGAGUCACUAGGAUCAGAGACGGAGUAAAGGUGAUAGAUCGCGAACACACCUUUCACUUCGGCGAAGACUGCUGCUUGACCGAGGACAUCUGUCCCACCAUUGAGCAAGCACGCAACCUGGGCAAUAUCGUGUGCAAGAUGCUCAACAAAUACCCUCACGAUCUGUUCAAGGAUGUCAAAGAAUGGGAUCAGAUGAAAGGCGGGUGUCUCAAAAUGAGCAGAGUCCUGAUCGAGGUUGCAUCGCUUGUUUACUGGAACCCAAGAAUCGACUUUGCAAGUUUUCCAUUCGAUUGGUGCCAUCACAGUACCGACCACGUAGGUCUCUACCACUCUCCUUUGUUCGGAUCGGAUGCAAAUUCAAGGAUUUUUGCGUUCUAUCCCAACAAGGAUGAUCGCUUUCGGCGCGCCUUGCGCAUGAAACCAGAAGACAUGGACGCACCCGCCAUCCACGAGUUUCUUGACAAACGCAUGCCCGACAAUUUCUGGUUCAGUGGUGACUGGGAGUCAGAUACGUUGACCGAAGCAGGUCAAGCUUGUCUUCGACUCAAGGGUUACAUCGUCUAUGCCACAGUUGGUAUGUGCACGGAUGUUGAUCAAAUGCGGAAGUUUGUCGACGACCUCAGAGAUCGAUUCUUAUUGCAGCCGAAGAAGAGCCAAUCGCAAGCGCUCCAUUACCAAAACAUGUACACAACUACGACAUUUACCGAUACUGGUCAUGCCGUCAUAGACUGGUCCGAGCAGGUCUACAAGAAGCUUUCACCAACAAAUCUGGUUAGAGACCUCACCGCCACCACCGGUGACUCAUUACUGGCAGCUGAGUUCUACGAAAUGGAUAGUAGCUUACAUGCCUGGGCCUUGGAACAAGGUCUAGUGGCACUGAAACAAUUCCACGACCUUCUCAAUGCUAUUCAGACCGUUUUGUCGGCCGCAGACAAGGUCAACACCGGCCAAGUCAGUUUGGAACGCGUGAAGGAGAAUUACUGUCAUUGCAACACUGAACAGCUUCGCCGAGAGACAUAUCACGUCUGUAUGGACUGUAACGAUACUUAUACAUGCUCUACGAUGAGGAUCGACCCCAUGGGACAAUUCCUGUGUAGAGACUGUGUCCUCAACUCGGCUUUUGUUGAAGAAGGUCUCUUCGUAGACACUCGGUCACUCCAUGGUGUAGCCUUUGCUACACUCGAUACUCAAGCAACCCUGGGUGUUCUGUUUGACGAAGUCAUUAUUAGAAAGCGUCAAAGGCUGCUGGAUGCUUUCCUUGAAAGAGGCGCUGUCGUCAAUCCGAGCGAGCGGCCCGAUUUUGCCGGUUCAUUCAUGUUCCUACAAGAGGAUGUUGACAAGCCCGCAGCACAGGGUUUCGGUUAUGUAGAUGCGGAAGAUGUGUUUCAGGGGAAAGCUACAGACGACAAGAUUCCACAGGAGCAACUUCCUAACACAAAACCUAUCAUCCUAUACUUCCCUGCGGUCCCGAAGCGAGCCCGUGUUCAUCGCGUUGAAAUGAACCGCGAAGAUCUUUUCGACGAGGCUCAUGAUGAUCCGAACGUAAUUGUCAACCCUAGAUGCAUACCCCAAGGCCUUGGUACUUUCACCUAUCUUCAACCUGGAGAGCUUCAACUGGAUGAGCGAGAAGCAAGAAAGCUGGGGCUUGAAGAUGCUCGAGCCACCACAGAUGCUCGCAUCGCUGCUUACCUCAAGACCGAUAGCAAGACCGAGUACCCUUUUGGCGAGAUCCCUACAGUGCUUUGGACUGCCAUCGAAGGUUCGAUCAACCCUAGAUUUGAGCCGGAAGGUCCUGGUCACUGGAGAUAUCUGACUUUCGAUGAUGCGGAGAAGGCUCACAAGUCACAAGGUCGAAAGUUGACAGCAGCUGAGUACUAUGAUGGACAAAGUUGGCAGAAGGAGUCAAAGCCAGCCAGAGUCGUUUGGGUGCCUCUUGAUCCUAUGGUGGAAUUGGUCGAGAAGUGUAACUCCCUUCAGCAGUGCCUUGUUGAGUGUCUUGAGGAGAAUGCCGCGUCUGCUGUCGCUGCUGACCCGGACUCCGACCCCAUGGAUUUGAUCCCGAACAACAGCAUUGAACUGGACAGCCUCAUGUACCGACUGGAAGAUGUUACCAAGAAGUUGGCUAAUCUGCCGUCUGAUACACAAAGUGUGGCUCAUCCCAACAUGGCAACAAGUGACGUCCUCCUUACUAUGAGGGAUCAAGCUGAAGUGAUAGCACGUUUGAGAAGAGGUGUUCGUCACAUCUCAACGAUUUCAACUGUCUCACAUCCACCGACGCCUACAGAGCUCGAGCAGCUGCGUGUAGAUAACGCAAAACUUGUUGGGGACAACGCACGACACCUGGAAACAAUCGAUCGCUACAGAAAGAACGAGCGUCAUGCCUCGACUGCUAGUACCGUCUCGAACUCGGACGAGCAGCUUCUGUCAGACCAACAGCGUAUUGAUGAGCUGCUUCGCGAGAAGGAGGAAUUUGCUACGGCUCAUGAGGCACAGUUGGUAGCCAACGAGGACGCACUGUUGAAAAGGUUCUAUGCAAUCAUUGAUCAGAUGACCGGCGAGCAGGCUAUUGCAGCGGAUGCGACCAUAGCCCAUGACUCCACUCCUAUUCAAGUCCAUCAGCUUCGGGACCAACUUGAGGCAAGCAGGCAGGAGAAUGGAAGGCUCAAACUAGCUUUACUGCGGGACCAGACGUUCGCCGAGGCGGUUCGCAGGGCACAGGCAAAACAUGACUCCAGAACUUAGAUCAAGCCCUCUAGGUAUUGUCGUAAGCUUUGAACACAUGUGGAGCGAGAGAAAGCAGGUUUCCAGUAGAUGUCUCGAGCCUGCAAGUGAGUCUGCCAUGAUACAAAGACAGACGGUCAGG